AUGACUGUCAUCAUCGCGUCCCUUUUUCUCCCCUACACCGUCAACUUCCACGUCGGAAGGGCACGUAACCGGACGACCCAAGAUACCGCUCAGAAGGCUAAUGCGGUGACCGAGACCGCCCCUCCGGUCCCCAAUGUCACGGCCAGUCUGUUCGAGAAGAGCAAUCCGCAAGUCCAACCAGGCCUCACCCCUGGUGCAACUACAGACCAUGAGCGCAUUUUCACGGGGAGCGCACCCCGAUCCGAGCUGGACCAACCGGGAUUUCCAUUUCCAUCGGCGGAGGAUGCUGUGAACCAACUUCUCACAGAAAGUGAAGGCCACUCCCCGGCAUGGGGCGCGACCACCUCCCUCAACCAACCCAAACCACAAAUGACCGUGUCAAUGUCACCUUCCAUCCUCAAGCACGAAGACCCCGUUCCCCCGCCCAAAGAUGCGUCCCCCGCGAAGACCCCCGACAAGGAGAUAGUUGCACCAUACCUUGGUAUCAAAAAGCCCGACCCUCUCAGUCGCAAAGUGUCAUUCUCUCGAGCUGAAUGGUCCAUCGAGACCGCAGAGCAAGGCAAUGGCGGCUUGCGAAAUGCCGUCCGCUCGUCCAAGGAUGCGGGGUACUUGGAAGAUAUGGUGUGGGUGGGAACAAUGGGCAUGCCAACGGAUGCGCUGGCUCAGCAAACGCGCAUGGAAAUUGCGGAGCGACUGGAAGACGAGUAUGACUCGCUGACGGUGUUUGUCAACGAUGGUGACUUCGAUGGUCACUAUACGCACUUCUGCAAGACCAUCCUCUGGCCCGUCUUCCACUAUCAGAUCCCGGACAACCCCAAGAGCAAAGCCUACGAGGAUCACUCGUGGAUUUACUACGUGAAGCUCAACCAAGCCUUUGCAGAGCGCAUCGCUAAGCAUUGGAAGCGGGGCGAUGCGAUUUGGGUUCAGGAUUAUCAUUUGCUGCUGGUCCCGGCCAUGCUCCGCAAGAUGCUGCCGGAUGCACAGAUUGGCUUCUUUUUACACAUUGCUUUCCCUUCUUCGGAAGUUUUCAAGUGUCUGGCUCCUCGUAAAGAGCUUCUGGAGGGUAUACUUGGAGCUAAUCUGAUCGGUUUCCAAACCUCUGAGUACUGUCGACACUUCUUGCAAACUUGCAGUCGCAUUCUCUGUGUGGAGGCUACCCCCGAAGGGAUCCAGAUGGAGGACCGCUUUAUCAAUGUGGGAACGUUCCCAAUCGGCAUUGACCCGACGUCUUGGGACAAGCGCCGGAAGGCUUCAGAUGUGGAACGAUGGGUCGAUACCAUCUCUGAGCGGUAUAUGGGCAAGCGAUUGAUUGUCUCGCGCGACAAGAUCGACUCGGUGCGGGGUAUCCGCCAAAAGCUUUUGAGUUAUGAGCUGUUUCUCAACACAUACCCCGACUGGGCGGACAAGGUGGUCUUGAUCCAGGUCGCGACUAGCACUACGGAGCAGCCCGAGUUGGAGGCAACUAUCUCCGAUAUUGCCAUGCGUAUCAACUCGACCCAUUCAACUCUCGCUCAUCAGCCUCUGGUUUUCCUCAAGCAGGAUCUGGCAUUCCCGCAAUAUCUCGCUCUCAUCACGGUGGCGGAUGCUUUGAUGAUCACCAGUCUUCGCGAAGGGAUGAACCUGACCAGCCAUGAGUUUGUGUACUGCCAGGACGGUAGCUACGGGAUCAAGAUGUACGGAUCCCUCAUUCUGAGCGAAUUCACUGGUAGUGCGUCUGUUUUCGGAGACCAUGCGCUUCUCGUCAAUCCCUGGGACUAUCGCCAGUGCGCCAAAGCGAUACUCACGGCUUUGACACGAGAUGAGAAGGAACGGAAGGAAGUUUGGGAGGCGAUGCAUCGCGCAGUCCUUCAAAACUCAACUGGCAACUGGGUCAAAUCCUUUAACGAGACUCUGACCCGUGUGUGGAAUGAGCAGUCAUCGCGGGAGAUCAUGGCUGUACCCCGACUUUCUGUGCCUCGACUUGUCGAACAGUAUCGACAAUCGAAGCGCAGAGUCAUGAUAGUGGACUACGAGGGCACUCUUGCUUCGUGGGGAUCUCCGCGCAGCAUAAUCCUAACCACCCCCCAGCGCGCAAUCACGACUCUCACGGAACUAACCGACGACCCUAACAACACCGUCUACGUGAUGAGCUCGCGCAUGCCAGAGGAGAUGGAACGUCUAUUCCGCCGAGUCAACAAUCUGGGCCUCAUUGCCGAAAAUGGGUGUUUCGUUCGUGAUCCCCAGUCAGACGAAUGGACUCACCUCGCCGAUAAAGCACACGUAGAAAACUGGAAGGUAUCCGUCUCUCACAUCCUGGCCUACUUCAAGGAACGUUGCGACGGAAGUUGGAUUGAAGAGCGUCACUGCUCGCUUGUCUUCCACUACGGAUCAGCCGAGGACCGACCUAGCGCCGGCCGACUCGCUGCUGAGUGUGCAGACCAUAUCAAUGACUCCUGCGCCAGUCAGGGUAUCCACGCCAUCCCCAUCGAGGGCGCCCUAGUCGUUGAAACAGCCAAUACCAACAAGGCAUCGGCAGCAGAGCUAGUCUGGCGGUGGUGCUUGGAAAAGCAAGGCAAUGAAAAGGGCAUUUCCAAGCCGGACUUUUUACUGAUCAUUGGGGACAACCGUGAAGACGAGCCAGUGUUCCGCUGGGCGAACAAACUACAGAAAGCAAAGGGAAUCGACUACGCGAUGACAGUUACUUUGGGAUCGCGUAGCACCGAGGCAAAAGCUACAUUGACGCAAGGAGUGACAGGUGUUUUGUCUUGCCUGCAGCAGCUCGCUGCCCGGUCGGAGACAACCACUCUGCCGGUGCGGUAA